AGUGUAGUCUCGCCGCUCCCCGGGAGGAGGUCCUCAGCUGGUGGCUGGAGCGACCCCUUGUUCUUUGGUGGCGCUGUUCCAUUCCUGAUGCCAUUAAGGAAGAAGCAGCACUACCCUGCUGGAGCUUGAGUAUUUCCAUUGACUGUCCUGAACAUUUUUUUUGUUCCUGUUCUGCCUCCUGUGGCCCCUGCCUGCCCAGAGAGGCCUGCCUGCUGGGGAAAGCAAGCGUCCUGGGCUCCUGACAGGCCAGCUUCAGGCACACAUGGCAUUCAGGGAUGUUGCUGUGGAUUUCAGCCAGGAGGAGUGGAGACUGCUGAGCCCCGCUCAGAGAACUCUAUACAGGGAGGUGAUGCUGGAGAACUACAGCAACCUGCUGUCACUGGGAAUUCCAUUUUCUAAACCAAAACUCAUUACCCAGUUGGAGCAAGGGAAAGAGACCUGGAGAGAGGAGAAAAAAUGUCUGCCAGCCACUUGUCCAGAACCAAAGCCAGAGCUCCACCUUGGUCCUCUCUGCCCUCCAGAUUUGUCCAGUCAGAAAUUCCCCAGGCAGCACGUGCCAUGUAAUCAUCCCCCCUGGAUCUUUGCAUCCUUGUGUGCAGAAAGUCAUGCCCAGCCAGAAGAAUCAUGCCCAGGGGACCAGGAGAAACAGCAAGGAGCCUCUGAUCAAAGUUCCUGGAGUGAUAAAGCCAAAAGCCAAGAGAGAGAAGGUGCCAAGCCCUUGUUUGGAAGGACAAAGAAAAGGACUCUGGGAGCUUUCUCCAGGCCCCCCCGACAGCAGCCAGUCAGCUCUCAGAAUGGCAUCAGACGAGUGGAGCUAGAGGCCAGCCCAGCCCAGACAGGAAACCCUGAGGAAACAGACCAACUGUUGAAGAGGAUAGAAGUCUUGGGAUUUGGAACAGUCAACUGUGGAGAGUGUGGACUGAGCUUUAGCAAGAUGACCAACCUGCUCAGUCACCAGAGGAUACACUCAGGGGAGAAGCCUUAUGUGUGUGGGGUGUGUGCAAAGGGCUUCAGUCUCAAGAAAAGCCUCGCCAGGCACCAGAAGGCACACUCAGGGGAGAAACCGAUUGUGUGCAGGGAGUGUGGGCGAGGUUUUAACCGGAAAUCAACACUCAUCAUACAUGAGAGAACACACUCGGGUGAGAAGCCUUACAUGUGCAGUGAGUGCGGGCGGGGCUUCAGUCAGAAAUCAAACCUCAUCAUACACCAGCGGACACACUCAGGGGAGAAGCCUUACGUGUGCCGGGAGUGUGGCAAAGGCUUUAGCCAGAAGUCAGCUGUCGUUAGACACCAGAGAACACACUUGGAGGAAAAGACCAUUGUGUGCAGUGAUUGUGGCCUGGGGUUCAGCGACAGGUCCAAUCUCAUCUGCCACCAGAGGACACACUCAGGGGAGAAGCCCUAUGCCUGCAAGGAGUGUGGGCGAUGCUUUCGGCAGAGGACAACCCUCGUCAACCACCAGAGGACACACUCCAAGGAGAAGCCCUACGUGUGCGGAGUGUGCGGGCACCGCUUUAGCCAGAAUUCCACCCUCAUCUCUCACAGGCGGACACACACUGGGGAGAAGCCGUAUGUGUGUGGGGUGUGUGGGCGCGGCUUUAGUCUAAAGUCACACCUCAACAGACACCAGAACAUCCACUCAGGGAAGAAGCCCAUUGUGUGCAAGGAUUGUGGGCGGGGCUUCAGCCAGCAGUCCAAUUUUAUCAGACACCAGAGGACACACUCAGGGGAGAAGCCCCUGGUGUGCGAGGAGUGCGGGCGAGGCUUCAGCCAGAAGUCAAACCUCAUGGCACACCAGAGGACACACUCAGGGGAGAAGCCAUACGUGUGCCUGGAGUGUGGGCGGGGCUUCAGCCACCAGGCAGGCCUCAUUAGGCACAAGAGGAGACACUUGCGAGAGAAGCCCUAUGUGUGCAGGCAGUGUGGCCUAGGCUUCAGCAAUAAGUCAGCUUUAAUCACACAUAAGCGGGUACAUUCAGAAGAGAAGCCUUGUGUGUGGGGGGAGUGUGGUCAAGGCUUUGUCCAAAAGUCACACCUCACCUUACAUGAGAUGACACACAAUGGGGAGAAGUCGUGCAUGUGUAUGACAUGUGGGCAAGGUGUGCACCAAAAGUCUCAUCCCAACAGGCACCGGAAGAUAAGGUCUGGCCACCACAGACAGGCACUCCAGCCCAACCCUGACACCUAUUUGGGACAAUCUUCUGACCCUUUAUACUCUAUUUAAAAGU